AUGAUCACAUGGGAAGCCUGGGAACUGCUGAAGGCAAAGGCGGUGGACAGGUUGCCGCCGCAGAUGGCAGAGAUGGCCAACAAGUCGACAAACCCGUUCGUACAGGCGAUUACGGACGUGAGCAGUCCAAAAGCUGUUUACAUGAGCGAUAAGGUGGUUCUGGUUGGCGAUGCUUUGGCAGGGUUUCGACCACACACCGUGGCGUCGACCAGCCAGGCAGCGUUCGACGUCAUGUGCCUCGUCGAUUGGCUCGAUGGCAAGACUGACCGGAAGGAGUUCAUCAGCAGUGUGAUGCAAUACUCACGGCUCAUUCAGAGUCGAGGCAUCUACAUCGGCAACCGCAGUCAGUUCGAGACGUUGGACAUCAACGACUACAUCGAAGAUCGGAACCUGAUGAGCACUCUGCGGAAAGACCUGGUAUAUCCCGAGUGGACCAAGAGAGGGUUGGACUCGAUGUGA